AUGUAUCCUCCUCCCCCGCCCUCACCCUGGUGCGCUUUGAGGGCAUGUGAUGUUUCUGUCCCCCCUCGGGGAAUUGAUUCUUGUCCGAGGGGCGAAUUAAACUUGGGAGCCUGGGGAAGACAAGUUUGCCUGGAUCGUGGUGCUGUGAUAUUCUGCCGCUGGGGCACAGUCCGGGCGUUCGGGUUUGUCUUGUUUUGGCUCUAAUAUUCGCAAGGUUCAGAGGGAGAAACGAGGAAUGAGCAAAAUGUGCUAGAAUAUUGUAGGGAAUGGCAGGAAUUCAUGGCUUGGAGGCAUUGUCUUUCAGGGGUAAGUGUGCCGGGGCGGCGCCAUUUCGGAUGAGCCAUCUCGGCUAAAGGGCUGGAGGAAGGGGUGAUAUAGAGAUGAAAACGCAAGUCGCAGAUAUUUGGCC